UUAAAUCUUUUCAGAUCGUCUAAUAAAAACUAAGAAUGUUCGUUGUACGUCGUAGCGUUUCCCGCCUCUACCCCGCAGGGCUCCAGGUGGCCAAGAUGAGUAGCCAGCUGGGUGAUCUCGGCAGUGGAGCCGGCAGGGGCGGUGGCGGCGGUGGCUCCAUCCGCGAGGCUGGCGGCGCUUUUGGCAAGAUGGAGGCCGCCCGCGAGGAGGAGUACUUCUACAAGAAGCAAAAGAGCCAGUUGGAGAAAUUGAAGAACGACCAGAUCCACCAGGCCGAGUUCCACCAUCAGCAGAUCAAGGAGCACGAGGAGGCCAUUCAGCGCCACAAGAACUUCCUCGAGAACCUGCACAAGUGAGCGCCAGCUCGGAGAAAGCUCUCAAAUCACACAGACACGUGAUAAAUCGAGACAUUUACUUAAAUGCAUUUCA